AUGGCACCCCCAGACAUCCCCCCAGAGUACGUCUACUGCGUUAAAGCUGGGAAGAAGCAUCAUGAUCUCUUUACCACCAUAUACGCUGGCGAAAACUAUUGUGGCCGUUGCGGCUUAGCUAACCCCUUUCAAUCCCAACGCCGGGCCAGGUCCAGAACUCCAGCCCUUCCUGGCCCGUAUGAUGAGGUGGUUGAGGUGGAUGACUCUCCGCCACACCCAGUCAGCCCGGCAAGUCAGCUUAUGCGCGACAAACCAAAGCCAGUGUCAUCUGCCGCUAUUGGGUAUGCACAACUACUCCCCAACGCAGUGUCUGUCCCCAAUGGGGUGACUGCGAAUACACGGGCACGCCAACAUCCUUUCAAGCCGUCAAGCGGUCCUCCCCAUCCGCAGUUCAUGGCGAUUGCCUCGGCGGCUAGUCAAGCCAUUCAGAACACUAAAAGCAGCACCAGAAAGCCUACGAGGCAGCGUACUGGCUACCAAUGGGUCCACAUCAGUCUCCUACUCAUGAGCUUGGAGACAAGGUACUUCAAUGGUCUUGCGGUAGAGGUCCCAGAGACAGUGCUGCCUCUAAAAGAUACGGUGAUCAAGUUCAGCUCGGCAGACCUCCUUACCUGGCCCUCGUUCACUCAGACCUUAUUCGAACACCUACAUCCGCUCCCGAGCACCAUAGACCCCACUAACCAAGAGCUUUGGAAGCUUUCUUACGCUUCGUCUUUCUCUGGAAAGAAAAUCGUCACCGUUCCCAAUACCGAUAAGUUCACGACGCCCUCAAGCAUGCUCACUUCUGGGCACUUUUCGAACAACCAAGCGGGCCAGUUAAAGGUGCUCGUCGUCCUGACAUCGACAGACGUGGGUGACAAGCAGGAGCCAAUCACACCGCUAAGGCCAGACGAAUACUCAACACCGGCCAAGGACGGCAAGAAACGGAAGGUCAAACAGGAGGAUUCGAGCCCAGCUCCUGGGCUCAAGAAACGUAUCAAGCAAGAGAGGCAGAUCAAUCAGGGCAAUGGUACGAAGAACAGGGAACAGGUCAAGCAGGAACAGGCAGUUCCAGCUCCCACCUACCUGAACUUGGCGUAUGAGGACCGUAACGAUAUCCUCGACAACAUCGUGGUGAAGGGGGAUGUGGUUGACCUCAGCGAAUCCGAAGACGCGGUCACCGAUCUAAUGCUUGAUAGCGUCUCUGAUGGGGAGGGAGACGAGCGUGAUGCAGACCAAGAGGACGAGGUCGACUGUUCGAGCGAGACAAGUCUUUUCAAGGAGUUCGUAUGCAACCAGACUAAGUUCUUGCCUAUCGAAAUACUGAUCUCAGCAGUCUACACGUUUUAG